CGGCUGCAACAACACGCCAAACUCACCGACAAGGAGAUCUCCAGUCUGCCCCAGGAGACACGCGUGUACGAGGGUGUAGGACGGAUGUUCCUUCUCCAGCCCAUCCCCACCGUCAGGGAGAACCUCAAGACGAAGGUGGAGUCUUCGGACGAGAAGAUUAAGAAGCUGCAGAGCAACAAGACUUACCUGGAGAGGAAUGUGAAGGAAAGUCAGGAGAACAUCAGAGAGAUGAUCAUGCAGAAAAAGGCUGCUAGUUAACUGGACAGUACAACUGAACUCCUAGCAUCUACUGCAUGACUGUCUCCAGCUUUAAAUGUUUUUCCAUCCCACUCAUAGUUUGGGAGCUAAUGUUGUUGAUUUUCCUUGUUAAAUGUAUCAUUUAUAGCUUAUGAAAAUAGAUUUUCAACGGUUUUUGGUAACUAUUUUUUCCGUCCUUGCAAGCAAAUUUCUGGCCCGGGACAGGUC